CAUGGAUGCCUCCAGCGAAGUGAGACCUUUGACAGUUCCCCAUCUACCAUCAUUACCCAAUUUGAGGGUACUGUGUAGCACAACGUAUGCCAACUGUGCACGACCGACUGGACUUAUUUACAGGUCAUCGAGGCCGGACCACUUGGCCCCCAAUGACUUACAGAAGUUUCGUAAUCUGGGGAUUAAAUGCAUCAUUGAUUUUCGAGGAAGGAAGGAGUAUGCCAAUGCAACAGGAACGAAACCUUUGGAUGCUGAUUUCGAUUUAUUCCAAAUUAAAACCCCAAGUGGGAGUGGGAAAAACUAUAAACCACAAGAAUGUGUAAGCUUUGUGCCUCUGGAAAAGAGAACAUGCAAGAAGAACAACGGCGUACAACUGACAAUGAAAGAUAUCAGAAGUUCAAAGUACAAACAACCACAUUUUCUGCUUGAUUUCUUCGCCGGCAGUUAUGUAUGGACAAUCUUGAACCGGGCGCCUUGGUACAAGAAACUGUACUCUAUACUGUUCCUCCUUUAUGAUUUUGUGUUCAGUACAGGCUACAAACACUUCGUAAGAUUUUUUGUGAUCAAUGUACUAAACUGCACAGGAAUUGCAGGCCAGUACAAGGAUAUUGUAGACCUAAGUCAGAAAAGCAUUUGUGCAGCUAUGAAAAUAAUGUGUGAUGAAAACAAUUUCCCCAUCCUCCUCAACUGUGCUCAUGGGAAGGAUCGAACAGGAAUUGUCUCUGCACUUAUCAUGUCCUGUAAUGGCAAAUCCAAACAGGAAAUUGCUGAAGAAUAUGCCAAGUCUGAGACUGGUGUGAUCCCCAUGCGAGCGCGGAUGAACAAGGAGAUAGUGGAGCGGUACCACAUGAGCGAGGACUUCCUGACUGCCAGGGCCGACACGAUGCUGCAGCUGCUCAACUACAUUGAACACAAGUAUGGCUCUGUGUCCACCUAUCUGGAGAUCAUCGGCUUUGGAGCCUCAGAGCAGGCUAAACUCAAAAGAAUUUUGACAGGAGAAGUUUGUGUACCACUGUGUGAAACGUCCUGAUGUGCUUGACCUGUCAAGGUGUUGUCUUCAAAUUUUGGCCAAUCAUUAUUCCGAUUUCAGUUAUACAGACCGUCAUACUUGAGGUGUGACAUGAAUAAUCAGUGUGAAAUUUUGAAUAUUAAUGUGAAUAUCAUUGGUUUUAUACAUUUAAUUAUCAGUGAUUAUGGAAUAUUGUUUGUUAGUGAUUGUUAAAGUUACUAGUUAGUAUUGGAUACAGACCGAUUUAUCAUUCCAUGUCCAGUGAAAGAAAAUCAAAUGUGUGUCGACAAGAAUAAUGUAACUGUAUUGUUGCAAUUACUACUUGUGUGUUCAUUUUAUGUGUCAGGUUGUUGAUUCUUCAUGUCCGGUGUCAGAAGUUAUUAAGUUUUAAAGUUUAAGAUGAUGUUAUUGUUAAAGAAAUGUCAUCUUUUUAAUUACAUUAGGAUGGUUAUGAUUGUCUUACUACUAAUUGAAAUUAUUCUUACAUAUCACUUUACGGUAGACGCCAUUGGUCAUAUUCAACUAGUCUGCAGCUCAUUCUGAGGUGAGGUGAAAUUGGGUUUUACGUCGUGCUUGAGAAUAUUUCGCUCAUAUGAUGACGUGCAUGCGUGUGUAUG